CCCAUACACUCACACAGGACAGAUGGCCGAUUCCCAGCAAACAUCUGAACCCAUCAAUAUUGUGCAUCGAGACGAAAUCUGGAAAGCACAUGUAAAACUUGAAAAGGAUUCGGCUGAAGUCUGGCCCAGGAAGUGGGGUUUCCUGACUGACAUCUACAAGGAGUAUGAGAUGGAGAGUGUGAAGAUGAAGAAGGCACUAAAAGUGGGGCUCCCCAAUCACGUGGUGGUUCGAUCCCCGACCCCUCCACAAAAAUACAUCCAUGUCGGCCCCUCUCCUCCUGUUCCACAGACAAGUCAAGCGCUAAUUGGCUGGCGUUCGGGUCACGCUCAUCUUCAGCUGGAAAAGUACAGCACAGUGCAUCAUGGGAGACGUAGUUUUCUCAAGGAGCUGGGCUGGCCCUUAGAUGCUUGCCUCUGA